GGACGGGACGUCUUCCGGUUCUCGUCGUGUGCACUGCCUCGCCUCGGGGGUGAGAGAGCCUGCUGAUCUUCGCCGAUUCCUUCCUUGGCAAUGGCAUCUUCAUUCCGAGCAGCCUCGCACUGCAUCCCCGUCUCUGCUCCCGCUUCUGCGUUUCCAACGAACCCCUUCUUGUUGCGUUCGGCGCCCAUUUGGUCUGGUUUCGGUGGCCUUAGGGUUGGCGUUGAGAAUGGUGGGAGUGAGGCGGUGCAUCGCCCUCCACAUGCUGGAUGUGGAUUAGGCGUGAGGGCUGGAGCUGGUCGAGUCGAUAGAGGAGGAGGCCGUGAAGUUGUGUAUGGUUUGUUAGGUCGUCGUGCGGGUGAGAGCAGGAGGGGAAAAGCUGGUGCAGCGUUGCUGCGGGAUUUCGGUUCGUCGCGGGGGCGUGUCUUGACUGCUGCCAUGACGGAUAAUAUGAAGAAUUUGAACCUGGAUGACGACAAGUCUGUCAAUGGUGACGUCGCCGAAAAGGUGGAUAAGUCUGAAGAAAUCGGAGCUUCAGGCAGCUUGGGAAGGAAAAAGUUGGAGGACUUAAUCUGGGAUCAUUCAUUUGUGCGAGAACUUCCUGGCGAUAAACGAAGUGAUGGUCCAACACGUCAGGUGCUACACGCAUGCUACUCGAAGGUCACUCCUUCAGUGCGCGUAAAAAACCCGGAGCUGGUUUCUUGGUCACGGCAUGUUGCUGAUCUGCUGGAUCUUGAUUAUAAAGAAUUUGAACGACCAGACUUCCCUCUUCUUUUCACUGGAGCUUCUCAAUUGAAGGGCGGCUUAGCUUAUGCACAGUGCUACGGAGGGCAUCAAUUUGGUGUGUGGGCUGGACAGUUGGGAGAUGGACGUGCAAUUACGUUGGGAGAAAUAUUGAACUCAAAAGGGCAGAGGUGGGAGUUGCAGUUGAAAGGAGCCGGUAAAACACCAUACAGCCGUACUGCUGAUGGGCUUGCAGUACUUAGAAGCAGCGUUCGUGAGUACCUUUGCAGUGAAGCUAUGUAUCAUUUGGGAGUUCCAACGACACGAGCUUUGUCCUUAGUGACUACUGGAGAAGGGGUUUUGCGCGACAUGUUCUAUGACGGCAAUGUCAAAAUGGAGCCAGGUGCCGUCGUUUGCCGUGUAUCCCCGUCAUUCAUUCGUUUUGGGUCUUUCCAAAUUCAUGCAGCCCGGGAUAAGGCCGACCUCCCAAUUGUCAAACAAUUGGCUGAUUAUACAAUUCAUCAUCAUUAUCCUGACUUUGAGGAUUUGCCAUUCGAAAGGCAGGGGCAAGACGGUUCUGAAUCUCAAAAAGGCGAGAACAAUGCUCCUCAAAUUGAUACAUCGAAAAAUAAAUAUUCAGCAUGGUUCACUGAGAUUGCAGAGCGGACUGCAUUGAUGAUUGCAAAAUGGCAAGCAGUUGGAUUCACACAUGGAGUUAUGAAUACUGAUAAUAUGAGCAUAUUGGGUUUAACUAUUGACUACGGUCCUUUUGGAUUUUUGGACGCUUUUGAUCCCAAAUAUACGCCGAAUACAACAGAUCUUCCUGGUCGUCGUUAUGGGUUUGCCAAUCAACCGGAUAUUGGUCUGUGGAAUGUGAUGCAGCUGGCAAACACACUAUACACUGCAGAACUCAUUACUGCAGAUGAAGCCCAAUAUGGUCUAGGGAGAUAUGCUGAUAAAUUCAUGUUUUUAUAUCAGCAACACAUGAGUAACAAAAUUGGUCUGAAAACAUAUAACAAAGAUCUGCUUAGCAAGCUUCUGAACAAUAUGGCCUUCGACAAAGUGGACUACACAAACUUUUUCAGGUCGUUCAGUAAUCUGAAAGCUACUCCAGAAACCUCAGACGAUGACUUGAUUGCACCGCUGAAAAAUGCACUCCUUGACCUGAGCAAGGAAAGGAGAAAAGUGUGGCUCGACUGGUUGCACCAGUACGUCAAGAACGUGGUUGAUGAGGGUGUAUCAGAGGCAGAUAGGAAAGCCUUGAUGAAUUCAGUCAACCCAAGAUACGUCCUGCGUAAUUAUAUGUUACAGAGUGCUAUUGAUAUGGCAGAACAAGGGGACUUUUCGGAAGUCGAGAACUUGCUGAAACUCAUCGAGCGGCCUUACGACGAUCAACCUGGAAUGGAGAAAUACGCUAGGCUUCCGCCUGCCUGGGCUUAUCGUCCAGGGGUUUGCAUGUUAUCUUGCUCGUCUUGAGCCAAUAUCAUGAUUACAAAUCGAGUAGAUUAUACUCGGUUGAAAAUGUAGGGGUGGGAUUCGAGUAUCCCGGCCUGAUUUUUUGUUAAACGACUGUUGCAUGUGAGAACAUGAGCUGUGCAACUGCUGAAACACAGUUUGUCUCUAGUUCUCGGGUUUUCAGCAAACAUGUUUAAUUCAUUUGCGACGAAGGAUGGGACAGGGAAAAGUUUUAACAGAAAUCGGAUGUUACGUCUUUUGAUCUGCAACUAUAAGUCUAGGUCCUGGUUUGAGAAGUAGAUGUGGCAACGAACUGGACCCAAUUACGUCUUAAUGUUCGUUCCAAGUAGAUGUAAAGCUGGCAGGAGAAAGUAACUGUGCAGGCCCGAGGUUUGAUCUGGCCACAGGGAACUAUUGGUUUAUAGUUUCAAGCCUUAAUAAGAUACGCAGCGUAGAUGUUUCCUGUAGAACGUGAUGGUAUAAAUUGGUUUAGUCCCAUCUCUGUGUUAGCUUUAUCCAAGAUACAAGACUCAGGUAUGCGUGUCCCCUUGCGAAGUCAACGAGGUUUGUCCGCUAGACUACAGCUCAACUACCUUGAGCGCAAUUACGUGGAAUUGUGGAGAAUUGGUUCACUGUACAAAGUAUUACUUAACAAUUGGUACACAAUUUUGUGUAACUUCAAGUUUGAUAGGCUUGGCUCUCGAA